AUGGGACUUAACUCUUCAUUCCAGGACCGUGCAAGUGAAAUCUGGGUAGGAUGCCGACUCAUGGCACAGUGCACCUGCGUGGAUCAGCAUGUUUCAGGCUGCCUAAAAUGUCAUCAGGACGCUGAAAGAAAGCUUGAGCAGUUUCAAAUAAUUUUGAAAAACAAGCAUGUGGCAGAUUUUAAAAAAGUCCAUGCUUACAUAACCAAGGGAAUAAGUGACAUAACAGAUCACUUUGCAGAUCUUCUACUUGAUAAAUUUGGUAUUUCCCAAUUGGUUGAACAACUUGACAAUCCUGUGCAGACGAUCGGUGCCUCAGUUGCUGAAGGAACUCACUACAUGAACACAAUCGAUGCGAGUUUGAAACACCUUAAAGCAAACUUCAGUGCCAUCUUUAACCAGUUUAUGUCAGAAAGGUACUGUCCUAAUCUGAAAGGGGAUAAAGCAUGUGGCUUGAUGAUCCAAACUCUCACAAGCUGUAAGAACUGUGAAGAGGUAAAGGUACCGUGCAUGGGAGGUCAUAGCCAAUGUAAUGAAAAGAUGGAUAAGUGUUCGCUAUGCUUUUGUACUGCAGACAACAAUAAAUGCAAAGAUGUGCAGAGUGGGAAAUCCUGCAAACCUUGUAGAGGGCGCGAAUCCUGUAUGACCGAAAUACUGAAAUGUGGAGAUCGGACUACAGACGUAAUCAAAGGUCAAGAAGUAAUCUUUGAUUGUAGUUUAAAUUGGCACGUCGAUGUGGGGGAACCAAUCCAGUACGUUUUUAAGAAGGUAGUAAAUCACAAAAGUAAAAUACUGAGCAUCACAGACCAGCCCUUCUUGGAGAAAAAGGAUGUUGACUUUGGUGAUGCGGGAGAAUAUACUUGUACUGCCCAAACGAAGACCAAGACACCGGUCAGCACCCUGUCUUAUAGAGUGAACGUUUCAAAAGGGCCAGGAAUGUCCCCAAACGCGACAGAAACCCCCAUUAAUUUAGACGUGGAGAUUGUUGAACAAGGCAUCUUCCUAAUCGGAAUGAUUGUAUUCGGUUGUUUGAUUAUAAUAUUUUCUGUGGGAAUACGGCUGGACAUGGAUUUAUUUGGGCAGCUAAGUAACAGCAACUUUAUAAGCCUUAACAUGUAA